AUGGCACACUCCAAUGGAAUCAACAACGGCGCCACCAACGGCGUCAACGACACCGCUGACCUGGAUCUAGACGCUCUUGUCAUUGGCUGUGGAUUUGGUGGCUUGUACACUCUCUACAAGUUACGUGAAAAGGGGCUGAACGCAGUUGCCAUUGAUGCCGCCGAUGGCUUAGGAGGCGUGUGGCACUGGAAUCGGUAUCCGGGUGCCCGUGUAGACUCUGAGGUGCCGUACUAUCAAUACAGUCUUCAUCAAGUGUGGAAGGACUGGUCAUGGAGCGAGAGAUUCCCGGCCCACGAUGAGCUUCGUCGGUACUUCAACCACGCCGCCUCUGCUCUCGAGUUAAAUGAGUACAUCAGACUUCAGCAGAACGUCGUCGAUUGCACCUGGGACAACAAGGACCUCAGGUGGACCGUCACGACCGAAUCUGGACUCCACAUUCGAUGCAAGUAUCUCGUUGCUGCGGCGGGCUCGAGUUACCGAAAGUACUUGCCAAAAUAUCCUGGCAUUGAGGAUUACAAAGGUACUCUGUUGCACUCUGCUGGAUUUCCCGAGGAAGACGCAUUCGACUUUCGCGGGAAGAGUGUCGCGAUCAUUGGACAAGGUGCAACUGGCGUCCAGCUCACGCAGUCGGUGUCCAAGCUGGCCGACACGCUACACGUCUUUUGCCGCACGCCAAACAUGGCAUUUCCAAUGAAGCAGCGGAAGAUGUCGGUCGAAGAGCAGAACCAGUACAAGGGCGCCUAUGAUCUACUCUUCAAGGCCACCAGAGCGAGCCGGAGUGGCCUCCCACACACUGCUGAGUCUAGAUCGAUGCUGAAAGUGACCGACGAGGAACGCGAAGCGCGCUGGAACGAACUAUGGGAGCGCGGAGGGUUCAACUUCUCCAUGGGUGGCUUCCGCGACUAUGUGUUCAACGAGCAGGCGAACGACCUAAUAUACAACUUCUGGAGACGAAAAGUCCAGGCCCGGAUCAAGGAUGCACGGAAAGCAGAGAUCAUGGCUCCCAAGGUCAAGCCCCACCCGUUCGGCACGAAGCGACCUAGUCUAGAGCAGGACUACUACGAGUGCAUCGACCGAGAAAACGUGAAUCUCAUCAGCGUCAAGGACAAUCCUAUCGAGAGAAUCACCGCGGAGGGUAUCCAAACUGCCGACGGUAAAGUACACAAGGCAGACUAUAUCAUCAUGGCCACAGGCUACGAUGCAAUCACUGGCAGUUACACGAAUAUGGGUCUCAAGGACCGGGAUGGGGUCGACCUCAAGGAACGAUGGAAGAACGGCGUCAAGACACACUUGGGCCUCAUGGUUCCCGGUGUUCCCAACAUGUUUAUGGUGUACAGCCCUCAAGCACCGACCGCCCUUGCGAACGGCAGCACCAUUGUGGAAUGCCAGGGCGACUGGGUCGCCGACGCCAUCGAGAAGAUGCGCAGGGGACACAUCGAGACGAUCGAGGUGACGCCGGACGCCGCACAGAAAUGGGGCGACGCGAUCCAAGAGAUGAACGAGAAGACUUUGUUCCCCUUGGCCGAUUCAUGGUACAUGGGCGCAAACAUUCCCGGCAAGAAGCGAGAGCAGCUGAACUACCUCGGGGGGGUUGCCCAGUACGAGGCGGAGUGUCGCAAGGCAUUGGAGAAUUGGGAUGGUUUCGUCCUCGAUGGUCGGCAGGGUGGUGAUGUCAAGGCUACACUUUAA